AUGCAUUCCUUCAAUCUCAAGCUCGUGGCCCUUGCGGCCUGGGCUGCUGCCGUCUCUGCUACGGAACCUUCCGCCUCCCGCCACCAGCUCCGGGCUUCGUGGUGCGACUUCAGCAAGCUCGGCUCGCACCUCUCCAAAGGAGCCCAGAUCUACCUUCCUGGGACUAGUGACUUCGAUAAUGCUGUAGCACGUUGGUCCAACCUCAAGGUCCCUAAGUCGAACGCCGUUGUUGUUCCGGCCACGGAGUUGGACGUCGUGGAGACGAUUAAAUUUGCCAACGAACAAAAGGUCCCAUACCUCGCUGCUAAUGGCGUACACGGGUCCAUUACUACCCUUGGGAAGAUGACUCAUGGUAUUGAGAUCCUUCUGACAGGGCUCAACUCUGUUGAAAUCGCCGCGGACGGCCAAAGUGCCAAGAUUGGCGGUGGGAUCCGGUCCAAGAACCUCACUGACGCCCUCUGGGCGGCCGGCAAGCAGACUGUCACCGGGACUUGCGAGUGUGUCGGCUAUCUCGGGCCUGCUCUUGGUGGCGGCCACGGCUGGCUUCAAGGUCACCAUGGCCUGGUGUCCGACCAGUUCCUAUCCAUGAAUGUUGCCCUGGCCAACGGCAGCUUGGUCACCAUUGACCAGAAGUCGGAUCUCUUCUGGGCUAUGAAGGGUGCCGGCCACAACUUCGGCAUCGUCACCUCGGUAACAUCCAAGAUCUUCGACAUCCAGAACCGCAACUACGCUGUGUCAACCAUCUUCUUCAGCGGCGACAAGGUCAAGAAGGUAUACCAGACCGCCAACGAACAGUGGCUCACCAACGGCACUGCCAUUCCCGAGGAUCUGAACAACUGGUCAUACUGGUUCUAUGAUCCUACCAUCGAUGCCUCUGGCCCUGUUGUUGUCAUGUAUAUCAUCCAAGAGGGCGUGGAUGCCGUGUCCGAGACCCACACUAAACCCUUCCUCGACAUCGGUCCCAUCAUGGUCCAGAACAAGACUGGCGACUACCGCGAUCUGGCCAAUUGGACCGGCAUCUCACUUGCUGAUGGUCCUUGCCAAAAGACCGGCAACGCCAAUCCCCGUUUCCCAAUCUACCUUAAGUCAUACAACCCAGACGCUCAGGCCGAGGUCUACGAACUCUUCAAGCAGGCCACCACCAACGCCUCCACCCCCUUCGCCGGCGCCCUCUUCAUGUUCGAGGGCUACGCCGUCCAGGGAGUCCAGGCACUGAGCGACGACGCUUCUGCUUUUGCCUACCGCAGCGAUAACCUCCUUGUGGCUCCGCUGCUUAGCUACAAGCCUAACGGCCCUGCGCUAGAGCGGAGGGCUGCGGACCUCGGCAACCGGAUGCGUGAUGUGCUCUUCCGGGGCAGCGGCGAGAGCAGCUUGAACACAUACGUCAACUAUGCUUACGGUAACGAGAAUGCCAAGGCUUGGUAUGGCGCUGAUGAGGCUCGCCAACAGCGCCUCCGAGCUCUGAAGAAGGCAUAUGACCCGACUGGCAAGUUCAGCUUCUAUGCACCCAUCGCGUAA